AUGUUUUCUUUAUCAGUUGUUGCCUCUGCCAGUCUGAUAUUUUCAAGAGAAACAAAACCUGAUAACCAGAAUAUUCCUAAUCUGGCAAAAGUGUGGAAUGUAUUGGAACUUCGGAUUUUGGUUGCUGUUAGUCUCUUCUUACAAAUGCUACUCAUCUUUUUGGGAAACCGAAGGAAGUACAUAGUUUCUAAAAGACUUAAAUUGUUGAUAUGGUUCACUUAUCUCUCAGCUGAUUGGGUUGCUACCGUUGCUUUGGGAAUUCUUUCCAAAGACACCAAGGAUCGUAAAUCAGAUUCCGACUUUGUAAUUAUGGCCAUAUGGGCGCCAUUUCUUCUUGUGCAUCUUGGAGGUCCUGACACAAUCACUGCCUACUCCCUUGAAGACAACCAACUCUGGCCACGGCAUAUGCUGGAGUUACUCUACCAGCUAGCUGUUGCAGUUUAUGUUGUUUACCGAUCAUGGAACACUGAUCCUCUUAAGUAUGUCACUGUUCCUAUUAUCAUUGCAGGAAUAAUCAAAUACGGGGAGAAGACUUGGUCGUUGCGGUCAGGAAGCAGCGAUGGAUUCAGAGAAUCAAUUCUCCCUCCGCCAGAUCCAGGACCAAACUAUGCUAAAUUCAUGGACGAUUACACUGCUAAAAUAGAUGAAGGAUAUCAUGUUACUUUAGACGAAAUUAAUGAAACUACUCCCUUAGUAUUGGAUCAUAAUUCUCAAGGGGGAACCACUAUACCAAAUCCAAAUAUUCCUGAUGGUCAAGCUUUAAGCGACGGAUUCAAAUUCUACAACAUUCCUGAGUGCCUAUUUGCAGAUCUUAUCUUCAGUUUUCAAGACCACAGAAGCAGCCAAUUUUUCUUUUACGGUUCUAAUUGGAAAAGUGCUUUUAAAGCAAUUGAGGUUGAGCUAGGAUUAAUAUAUGAUAUGCUGUAUACAAAGGCAGCCAUAACAUACUCCUACCGUGGCAUCUUCCUCAAAUCUGUGAGCUUUUUCUGUACACUUUCUUCAUUCAUCGCCUUUUAUUUUCUGAUGUCUAACAAAAAUGAAUUUUUUAAACUCGACAAUAAAGGACAGAAACACUGGAAUUAUGACCUGAUUAUCACUUUUGUGCUUUUCAUUGGAGCUAUUGUUCUUGAGAUGUAUGCUGUCAUUGUCUUACUUUCUUCAAGUUGGGUGAUGAAUUGGCUGAGCCAGCAUAAGAAUUGGAGAGUGGAUCUUCUCUACAAGCUCGUCUCCUUUUGUCAAAUUUGUUUCAAACUCUCACACACUAUCAGGUGGUCUAAUAAAAUGUCACAAUUCAACCUCAUAAGAUUCUGCUUGAAAGAAGAGUCUGUCAAAUGUAUUGAAAUUCAGAAACUCCUUCGAAUUUAUAACUUUUUCGAGAAGUUUUACUACCAAAAAACAAAACAAGUCUCUGAGGGAUUGAAAGAACUCAUAUUUGAUCAGCUUAAGGAUAAAUCCGUGGAAGCAACAGACACUGAAGCAUGUAAGAAAUUAUGUGCUCACAAGGGUGAUCGAGUUCUUACCAAAUGGAACUGUCAUAAUAUUCGUGACAUUAACCAGAGCAUCAAGGAGGUUGAGUUUGAUCAGAGCAUUUUGCUUUGGCAUAUUGCUACAGAUCUUUGCUAUUUAGAUGAUGACGAGUCUCAAAACUUAAACGGUGUUGCUCUCCAAAGUUGUGAAAAAAGCCAAUUGGUGUCUAAUUAUAUGUUAUAUCUUCUUGUUAUAUGUCCUUUUUUGCUGCCAAAUGGAAUAGGACAGAUCAGAUUUGAAGACACAUGUGCAGAGGUGGAUGAACUUUUGAAAGAGAGAAAAUACAUUAAAAAAAGAAGUGAAGUUUGCAAGAUGAUACUUAGAGUGAAUACAACUAUUUCACCAUCAGAGGUUAAAGGCGAUAGAAGCAAAUCUGUGCUGUUUGAUGCAUGUAGGCUUGCGAAAUCACUACAGUCUCUAGAAACGGAGGAGAACUGGUCGAAAGAAAGGAAAUGGAAAAUGAUAAGUAAUGUAUGGGUGGAGAUGUUGUGUCAUGCAGCAAGCCAAUGCAGAGGACUUAAUCAUGCUAAGCAACUGAGCCAGGGGGGUGAGUUGCUUACCCAUGUGUGGCUUUUGAUGGCUCAUUUAGGCAUAACAGAACAAUUUCAGAUUUCUAAAGGUCAUGUAAGGGUCAAAUUGAAGCUCUCAUAA